UGAGCUGAGCUGAGGGAGCCGUGGCGGGGUGGGCAGUGCAGAGCCCACGCUCUGGGUGCCCCAGAAGAAGGCCCUGUGGCUUUACCAGGGUGUGGCUGACAAGGGACCCCAAUGUGAGUGCCAUCGCUUCAGGCAGCAUGACAGGUCUGAGCAGGGGGUGGGCAGCACAUCUCACCUGGCAGUGUGGAAGGGACACUCUUCCCUUGCCAUUCCCCUGGUAAAUGCUCUCUCUCUCUUUUUCCACAACCUGCUUCCCCAGUCACUUGGUGUCCAAGGUAAGAGAAGCUCUGGGUCUGUUGGCAGUGCCAACGUGGAGGCCUGGGCUUGCUGCUACCCUGUCUUACCCCAUGCUGGUCCCCCGUGCAUGCACUGCCCUGUGCAGCCUGGCAUGGCCUGGCUGCUCACAGCCUCUGCAGGGCUGUAGGAACAUCCUCCCAGUCCCCAAACCUGUGUUCCCACGGUUCUGCUGGGAUCCCCCUUCCAGCCUGGCUCACCUCCUCUCUGUUCCCUUUCCCCCUCCAGUGGACCAGAGCAUGUUUGAGAACGCCAGCGCCAGCGCGGCGCCCACGCCACGGGCACAGCACGUCCCUGCCGCGGCGGGCACCGCGCCCCAGCCCUGCCGGCCCGCUGGCAGCCAGCACCUCCGCAACCUGGGCAAGGCCGUGGGUGCCAAGGUGAACGACCUGCUGCGCCGCAGGGAGCCGGCCGGGCUGCCCGGCGUGGGAGCCAUGGAGGUGAACGCCAACGCGGGCGCCGUGCUGGGGGCAGGACAGCCAGAUGCUGAGGAUGGGGCUGUGGGGCUGGAUGCCUUUCCCCGGCUGGAACCCCCGCCCCCCAUCACCAAGAAGCGGACGCCGCGCGCCCUGAAGACCCCCCAGGACAUGCUCAUCGCUCCGCAGCCGGAGGGGACCAGCGCGAGGAGUGGCACCGAAGAGUCUCCUGAACCACCCACAGCCCACCCUGACCCCACAGAGGAGCAGCUGGGGAUGGAGGACCCGUCUCCUCCAGAAUGCCCGGGGGUCCCCAGCGUGAUGGGUGCCCUAGAGCCCAGUGGGGACCAGCCUACCAGUGCCUUACCCGUGCCUGACCUCAUCCAUAAGGGCAGCCGGGAGAGCCAGUGGCAAGUGGCUGAGAGGGCUGCUGAGAUGUCAGCCAGCACAGAGAAGCCCUCACGGAGACCAGGGCUGGAGCACGAGCCACCAGGGAGCACAGCGCGGCCAGAGCCACGUAGCCCUGGCUGGGAGGUGGAGGGGGCCCAUCCUGACCUACUGUCCUUUGAGUAGCAGUGGGUAGCUGUGACAGGGGCACCACGGGGGCUGGCUCUCCCAGACUUGUCUUUUUUGGGGUGAUUGUUUUGGAAAGGGGAAAGCCUCAGGGUGGAAAGAGCUGUUGCUGCCCGGUGAGGGCUCUGGGGAGCCAUGACAACCUGCUUCUCCCCAAAUUCCCAGGAGGGGCACAGCCUGUCCUGCCAUGGCUUCUGCAGCCCCAUUCGGGGCCUGUUCACCUGGCCAGUGCCAAGCUCCUGUCGUGCCACAGUGCCACUGCUACUCUGUCUGCAGCCAGGAACCUUGCUGAACUGGGGACCAAGGGGGUGUGUGGCCAUAGAGGUGCCAGCCUGCCCCAAACCCCAUCAGCUCUGCUGGAAUGUGGGAUCCUGUGAGCAUCCCACAAGCAGCAUGCACUUUCUAUGUCGCACUGGAUGCCUUGGUCCAGAGGAUUUCCCAGCUUCUGCCAUGUGCUUGCCGGGAUACCCCAUCCUGGGGUACCAGCAGGCUCACCCAGCCCCAGUGCCUGGUGCCAGCGAGCCAGGACUGCUGAUGUGUCCAGGGCCUUCUCCAGGUGCUGGCCUUGUGGUGUUUCUGUGCUCAGUGCCAUCUCCUUGCAGUGAGCCCCUGGGCUCUGUCAGGGCGCAGGGCUGGGCACCUGGGACUGCCCAGCUGCUGGCUGGUGGGCUCUGGCAGGGAGCUGAGCUCUCAGUCAGACUCCCUUCCAGCUCCUGCUCGCUUCCUGGUCUCAUCCAAGCAGUUCUGGGUCACUGUCACUGCUCCUCUUCAUUUCCUGGGACAGUGGUCUCUGCAAGACUGGGACACACAAAGCCAUGUGGUCCUCUGAUACUGCUGGAUGAGUGUUUCACCAUGGAUUACGGGAGGGGUUAGCCAGCCUGGGGACACCCGUGCCAAUGCAAGGAAGCAGCUGUGAGAUGGAACUUUUUGCUUAGAGCUUUUACGUGCAUCCUCACCACAAAGGUGGUUUUCAGAGGAAAGGCUCCAAAGCUCUGGGUUGGGUUGGAGGAACCCAGGAGCUCAUGGAUGGGCCUGCUCACAGCUCCUUCAGGGCCACACAGGGUGGUUUGCCUGAAGAAAUUACUUCCACCACCCAAAGCCACGCUGUGCCACUGAAGGAAGGAAGCUGUGAGCAUGGGCUCUGUUGCCCUGGGAGCAGCCAUCCAUGUCCUUGCCGUUGGUGUGGUGAUGCCGUGGUGGCGCUGGGGCAGCUCUCGGCUCUGGGAAAGCCCUGCUCAAGAGUGAAGGGAUGCAGAGCUGCACAGAGCCCAUGUUCAGUGCUGAGGCAUCCAUGCCCUGUGACAAUGUGAUCACACAGUGCAUGGCCACCUCCACGCUCAGAUACAGGUGUGUGUGUGUGCUGCCCAGCUCUGCACUGCAAUGGAGGUGUUGGUGGAAACCACGACUUGUAGCCCCUCUCUGAAGAGCCAGCAUCUUCCAUCACUGUGAUCCCAAGGGAACCUUCCCCUUAAUGAAGGUCAUCACUCACAGCCAGUCCAGUCCCUCUAUUUAUGUUGUCAGGGUGUGUGUGUGUGGUUUGGAACAAGACA